GUAUGGCCUGUACUGACUGUCUCCGCCCCACUCUGCAAAGGUAAAAUUCACACAAUCAGCAAUGCAAAUUAGGUCUAGUGAUCUGUGCACACAAAUAAAAUGAUGCUGCUCAAUCAUGUCUGCAUUCCCAUUGCAGCAGGGUCACUACUUGUUGGAGUUCCUUAUAGCAUUUCACUAUUAGCGCAGUGGCUAUAUGGCUGGCCCAAUAAACCUGGCUUUAGAAAGUAUACAGAAGCAUUAAAACCCAGACGUAUAUACUGUUUAACAAUCGCUGUCCUGGAAAUGGUGAAAUACCUGCAGUACGGUAAACUGUAUAUUCAGUGGAAGUCCUGGUAUAGGAAUAGUGCCAAUUCUAAAUAUUGUGUAAAGGACAUACAUUUUGGCCGGCAUGGUAAUAAACUGGAUUUGUAUUACUGCCCCCGUGUGGACGGCCCUGGUUCUGCACUGUCUCCUGCUGUGAUCUUCGUAUAUGGCGGGGCCUGGGGCUCCGGAGAGAGAUCUACAUAUUGCCUCUUGGCAAUGCAAAUGGCAAAGGAGUUAAACAAGCCUGUCAUCUGUCCAGAUUAUUCCAUUUAUCCAAAGGGCAAUGUGAUGGAAAUGGUCCAAGAUAUUGCUGACUGUAUCUUAUGGAGCAGAGAAACUGGGCACACAUUUAACAUUGACAAGCGGAACAUUGUAUUAAUUGGCCACUCGGCCGGCGCUCAUCUGUGCGCACUGACUGCCCUCUUUCUGGCAGCUGAGAGCGAGGAGAUGGGAAUUGAGCUCUCCAAACAGAGGGAUAUUUUAACAUCUGUCAAAGGAGUUGUAGGGCUGAGUGGAGUUUAUCAUAUCAUGAAUCAUUACCAGUAUGAGACAUGGAGAGGAGUGGAAUAUGUUUCCACAAUGCACAAAGCAAUGGGAGGAAUUGAGAACUUUGAGCAUUAUUCCCCAACCCUAUUUGUGAAGACAUUGACAGAAGACAAACUAGCCAAAUUGCCUCCCUUCACUUUAAUCCAUGGAACAAAGGAUACCAUUGUACCUGUGGAGUCGACCCUCCAGUUUUCAGAGGCCCUGACUGCAGCUGCAGUGAAGGCUUCACUGUUCCUCCUGCCACAUGUGGGCCAUACAGAAUUAGUGACAGAUCUCAUGGGCAGCAAUAGGAGAUACUACCACACAAUCCUGGGUUGCAUAAAACAAGGCAUUAAUAAGGUUACUGCUCACGGUUAACAAAUGCCUUGCUUUUGGAAGUAUGUAACAGGAACCCAUUUGUAACCCUGUUUUUUUUCCCCUAACACUGUAUAUCUGUAUGGUGAUUUACUAUUUUUAAUGUUUUUUUUAAUUUAUAUAUUAACAUGCUUUAGAAAUGAUAGGCUUUAUAACUAAUGUUCAUUUAAAUGUAUUUGAUGGAAUGUAUUGUUGUAACAAACAAUUGUUUUUUUGUAUGCAUUGGAGUGACAUUUCACUCUGAGCAGUGUGCAUUUGUUUCAGCUCCCACUGUAUUAAAUAGCAGGAGUGCUGAGUACUAUGCAGAGCUGUCUGGAAAGAUUGCACUGCAGUUCCUUGUGCUGUGUAUGCUCUGAGCGACUGCACUGGAACUAUUCUUACACUGAGUGUUUAACACAAUCGCAUUGUUAGAGUGUAAGUAUAACAGAUAUGACUAUGGGAUAAGUACAAUUGAAUGCUUGUUGCUGAUGUAACUACAUUAGCUGGUUGAAGGAAUUAAUUUUCUAAAGUGUUCAGAUCUGUGGUUGAUUAAAGUGAAUUUAGAUAGCAUGUAUACAGGACCAGCGCUAGACCUGCAGGACAGUAUAAAUUGGCAAACAGUGUCUUAGAACGCCAGCCGUUUUAAGCACCAGCCGUCGAAGGGCCACACGUCCAAGGGCAGUCUGAGUUGUGGCAGUCAAAGCGAGGACAGGUAGAGCGAGGACAGGUAGAGCGAGGACAGGUAGAGCGAGGACCUUUUCCAAAUCUCUCCCAGUGGCUACUAGAGGCCUCAUUCCAACUCUUAACAUUAGCUGUAUUUAAGUAACAUUAUAACGGUGGUGUUGUUUUAAUUAGGUGAUCUACUGUUUGUGAUUAGUACCAGAUGAGUGUGGUUAAAUUGAAUAGAGGUUGAUUUGCAAUUUGAUUGGUUUCCACACAGCGUUUUGUAGUUGUGUGAUCCCAUUGAAGUGCAUUGAAACUAUUGUAUUGCUUAAGUAUUGUCUUUAGUGCACUUUAGUAUAAUAGACAACUAGCCUAUUUGUGCGCCACCACGAAGCGACAGCCAACCGAACAGCAUCUCUACCAAAGAGCUGGGAGUCUAGCUGUGGGAGUCUAGCUGUGGGAGUCUAGCGAGGAGAGACCUGCGAGGAGAGAUCUGCGAGGAGAGGCUGUUGGAGAAAAUCUGAACCUAGCAGCGCUGUGGAACAUGCCAACUACUAGACAGCCAAGAACCUCGGAGUAACCCUGGACCCCUGCCUCCCGUACUCCCAACACAUCUCCACUCUAUCACGCACCUGCCGUUUCUUCCUGUGAAACAUACGAAGAAUCCGACCCGUCAUCACCAGACUGCACCCAGCUACCUCCAUACCCUCAUCUCUCCCUACACCCCCCACCCGACCUCUCCGCUCCUCCGCCUGCACUACAAGACUGGCUUUACUUCCUCUAAGCUCCCCUGCCUCCAGAGCCUGCUCCUUCUCCACCCUCGCCCUGCAGUGGUGGAACGACCUUCCCAUGUAUGUCAGGACUGCCCAGUCCCUGACCACCUUCCAGUGCCUCCUCAAUACACACCUCUUCAGACAACACCUGUAAAACUCAACUCUUCCCUUCUGGACAAUAUAGAACUCUGCCUUUAAUGCACUUUAACUUGCACUUAUCUGCUCCCUAUUUUACUGUAUUUAAUCCUGCACUUAACCCAAUCUGUAGUAUUUUGUAUUUCACAUGCACUCGUAUCUAACCCUGAUGUAACUAUCAACACUGUUAUCUGCUCUUGAACUGCCCCGAUAUCAAAUCAUACUGUGUUUUGUAUUUGGUCUUAUUAGGACUGAAGUCAUUGUAUUUUGUACCUUGCUCUUAAUUGUACUGUAAUUUUUUAUAUGUAUUUUUGUAUACAACUGUAAGUCGCCCUGGGUAAGGGUGUCUGCUAAGAAAGAAAGAAAGAAAGAAAGAAAGAAAGAAAGAAAGAAAGAAAGAAAGAAUAGUUUCAUUUUCAUGUAUAUUAAUCCUCUUUUAUUGUUGAUUUAACAUGUUUAUGUUGUAUCUGACACAUACAGAAUUAUAGAUUAUGAUUCAUUCUACUGAGCUUUUUCUAUCUGUAUUUGUAACUCACUGAAGAAACAUUGUGAUUUCCUACUUUAAUUACAUCAAUACAAA